CCCCGAGCACGAAAAAAUAUAGUUAUCGUAUCGUAAUCGUAAUUCUUUACUAUUCGAUAACGAUCACGAUAUUGCAUCGGUAGCACGAAACUAUCCUAGAUUACUAUCGUGUAGUCGAUUGUAAUACGAUACUAUAGUUAUCUUAGGCUGUCCGCAAACAGCACAACGUAGUUAAAAAGUGCGUUCAUAAAUGUCGGUAACGCAAUUGUGGUUUUAAAAUAAAUUGAAAAACGACUUGACUGUUACGAUUUUUAUUAAAAACAAGAAAACAUAUUAAUUUUAAUGCUAAUCUUAACAAAAUCUUUCGUCUAAAGUUAUAGCUGUGAUAUAAAUCAGGUGUGUUUUUGUCACCGACGACCUAGCAACAAAAAAUAUUUUGAACGCACCUAUCCUAUUAGUCAAUGUCAACUUAGCAUUAAAAAAACCUAUCAACCAAAAACUUGUAAAAGUUCUUUCGUCAAGUGGAACUAAGAUUAGAAAGAAUAUGAAGUGGAAUUUCGUGAAAUUUAUUGCCUUUUACAAGUGCAAGGAAUUUAAAAGGGCCUGCGAUGUGAUGUUGCAUUAUUAUUUGUUAAAUAACCGUUCUACGAUGAGAACUAGUCCAACACAGUUUGUUAUUAUGGUGGAGUUCAUGGAGAGAAAUGGGGACUUAGCUAAACCAACUGGAGGCCCAAGAGGUCGGCAGUGGGCCACAAAUAAAUGGCGGGAGCUCGCUGCGAAAUUAAAUUGCGAUGGAACUGGUGACUCCCGAACGGAAGAAAAGUGGCGAAAGGUCUGGACGGAUUUUAAAAAUAAUACAAAAAGGAAGGCGGCCAAAUUAAAUAGAAGCAUGACUGGAACAGGGGGUGGUCCAGCUUUGAAGAUAAGCCUCACAGACUUAGAGCUCAGAGUGCUGGCGAUUAUGGGAGAGCAGGCUGCCUCAGGCAUGAAUACCAUCCCUGAAGUUGGUUUUGAGCAUGUAGAACAAGAAGUGGAGUUGGCAUCACAGGAGGUUGACAUAAACCCAGUAGAAGAGAUUGAUUUUCAGAGGGAGCCCUCUCCUCUACUAAAUAUAGGGGAUGAGGACUGGAACCAACCUGGCACCAGCCAAGAGCAACCGCCUCUAGCACCAACUCCACCACAAACUAGGAAGUGGACUCCACAACCAAAGAAAAAAUCUCAUAAAACUAAAAAUGUAGCAGAUUUAUUUUUAAGUGCUGAAAUGGAUCGGGAUGGAAGGUAUUUUGAACUGGAGAAAGAGAAAAUACGGCAGAGAGAUUUAGAGCUAGAAUUGCAAGCUAAAUGGCUGGAAUUUAUGAAAGAAGCUUUGAGUGUAUUAUAUAAAUUUUUGGAAGGAAAAAAGCAUGAUGAAUGACUAGUUUUAUAUAAGGUUAGUUAGUAUUAUAUUAUAGAGGUAAGUGAUAAGUAAAACAACCAAAAUGUUAAGUUUUUUUUUAACUAUUAAAAUUAUUGAUGUA